CUCUUCUUUAACGUGGGCUUCCUAUUUUUGUUUUAAAUGGUACUUCCAGGUUUCUGUAUUGAUCCUACAUGUUUCUGUUUCAAGGGUCCAGUGGGUUACGACUGUUUUUGCCCUGCACUACUCGUCUCGUGACUUGUGACUCUUCACCAAUCACGGCGGAAUCCAUCAAACCCACGCUCUGUAGAGUUGUCAUCUACCUACAGAAGGAGAUGUCAGGGGACACGUGUCUAACCAGUCUUUGUCCAGCUGCAGAAUCCAAGCCCAAAACUUGCAGCUUCAAAGUUGGCAACCUCGGUAACAAAUAUGUGCGGCUAAAUGUUGGGGGCUCCUUAUAUUAUACUACGGUUCAAGUACUGACCAGGCAUGACACGAUGCUAAAGGCUAUGUUCAGUGGCAGGAUGGAAGUGCUCACGGACAAGGAAGGUUGGAUCCUCAUAGACCGUUGUGGGAAGCACUUCGGAGCAAUUUUAAACUAUCUCCGAGAUGACACAAUUGCACUGCCAAAACACAGACAGGAGGUCAAAGAGUUGAUGGCAGAAGCAAAAUAUUAUCUCAUUCAGGGCUUAGUAGAUAUGUGCCAAGCAGCUCUGCAGGACAAGAAAGACCUGUAUGAACCUGUCUGUAAUAUCCCUAUCAUCACAUCUCCAAAAGAAGAAGAGAGGCUCAUAGAAUCAUCAAUGAAACCCGUUGUUAAGCUGCUUUAUAAUAGAAGCAACAACAAAUACUCCUAUACCAGUAACUCAGAUGACAACUUGCUGAAGAAUAUAGAACUGUUUGACAAACUCUCCCUCCGAUUCAACGGCAGAGUUCUCUUCAUUAAAGAUGUUAUAGGGGAUGAAAUCUGCUGCUGGUCUUUCUAUGGACAGGGUCGGAAACUUGCUGAAGUCUGCUGUACUUCGAUAGUGUAUGCCACAGAGAAGAAGCAGACUAAGGUUGAAUUCCCAGAGGCACGAAUAUAUGAGGAAACACUAAAUGUUUUACUUUAUGAAACACCACGGGUUCCUGAUAACUCUCUGCUGGAAGCAACAAGCAGGAGCCGAAGCCAGGCUGCUCACAGUGAAGAUGACGAUGGUUUUGAACUUCGUGACCGAGUGCGUCGAAUACAUGUGAAGAGAUACAGCACCUAUGAUGACCGCCAGCUUGGCCACUAGCUUGUCAGUAGAGGAGGAAGGGUUUGCUCUGAAGGCUUGUACUGAUAUUCUUUGUGUGAGAUCAAGAAGUAGGGAGGGAUAAAUUGGACUCUGUGGACUAACCUUCAUCUGGCUUCUUGGCUCCCUAAAGAAGCUAAAGGGCAUUUGUACACACAAAGUAACACUAAAGGCCAAAGGCUUGAAAACUGACAUGGUAAUUUUGCACCAUAUGCUUUAAAUAGAGACUGACCUCUUUGUUUGCUGCACAGGGAGCUGAAUCUUGAACACUGCUCUGACCAUAGUUGAUGAUUGCUCUU